CAGAGACGAUCAAUUUGUUGGACACAAUGGAGUCUGGCUGGUUUUCAACAAAUAAAACUGUCCUUUUCCUGCUUUCUGUUCUGUGUGCAGCUGGGAAGGAGGCCUGGGCUCAGGGAGCCAUCUUCAAGUCACGACUCUGGGAUGUAAACCAGAAAUCCCUCUACCUUCAGAACAAUGAACUAAUAGCUGGAUACUUGCAAGCCCCCAACUCUGCACUGGAAGAAAAGAUUUUUUGGGUCCAUAACCGGGCCUUUGGCCAAGAGAACUUCCCCGUCAUCCUGAGCAUUCAGGGUGGGAAGAGCUGCCUGGCCUGCUCUCCUGGAUCCCCACCUGAGCUGCAGUUGGAGAGCAUCAACAUCACAGACCUGUGCAAAGAUAAAGAAGCCUCCACACGCUUCACCUUCUUCGUGGCUAAUAAAGAUGGAAUAUGGCGUUUUGAGUCAGCUGCCAACCCAGGCUGGUUCCUCUGCACUUCUUCCAAAGCCAAUGAACCCCUUGGGCUGAUAAAGAAUCCAGGAUCUUCUCAUCUGGUGGACUUUUAUUUUCAGCCUGAAUCUUAGCUGGCCGCCCCACCUCCCUUCACGGGACAAAGCCCACUCCUGAAGUCCAGAGUCUCACAGCUACUACUUUCUCUAAGCAUUUCUUGCAGGGGGGGUCACUUUUCAGAAGAGAUGCAGCGUUUCUAGAGUUGGCUGAUAUUCACAGCUCACUUUCUGGAUUCAGAAAUGCAGGUUUUGCAGCUAGCAGCCACAAAGUUACCUGCAGAUCUCGAAAGCUACAAGUGCAAAAUAUGCCAGAAAUUUAAAUACAUUUAAAGUAACUGUAUUGACUACAUUUAAUUCUAAUUAUUUCAAAAUAUGCAUUAAAUAAAAAACUCAUUUUGUCUUAGCUCCACAUAGUUUUGGAGUGUGAAUCCCCAACAUGUUAUUCAGAAGUCUGCUGCAGCCUGUGACAUAUCCUCAUCCUGUCAAAUUGGGAGGGGAGGUGGCGGGGAGGAAGAGG